AUCCAUACAAGAAAUUUUAUACAUCGAGAUUUACACAGUGGAAAUAUAUUGCUGGAUAAUUCAUCUUGGUUAAUUUGUGAUUUAGGGUUAUCACAAUCUACAAAUAAUACUUCAUUUAAUAAUAAUGAAAUAUAUGGAGUAUUACCAUAUAUUGCACCUGAGAUAUUUAAUGGUGUUGCUUUUUCAAAAAAAUCUGAUAUAUAUAGUAUGGGUAUGAUUGUGUGGGAAUUAACGACAGGUUGCAAACCAUUUUCAAAUUGUGAGCAUGAUUUUAGCCUCGUUUAUAAAAUU